UGCAUUUAGCAGCCACACUUUCCUUUCCCCACCAGUUUGGGUGUACAGGGACAUCAUGAAGUGGUUUCUGCUCCUGAGUCUGGUGGCGCUUUCUCAGUGCCGGGUGACAAAGGUCUCCCUGAAGAAAGGGAAAUCCCUGAGGCAGAAUCUCAAGGAACAUGGCUUGCUGGAGGAUUUCCUGAGGAAAUACCCUUACAACGUGGCCUCCAAGUAUUUCCCCAGCCUGGCCAACGAGGCUGCCAGCGAGCCCCUAACAAAUUACAUGGACAUCGAGUACUUUGGAACCAUUUCCAUCGGCACCCCAGCCCAGGAUUUCUCUGUCCUCUUUGACACUGGCUCCUCCAAUCUCUGGGUGCCCUCCGUGUACUGCUCCAGCCCAGCCUGCACAAACCACAACCGCUUCAACCCAUCAGACUCCUCCACCUACAAGGCCACCAGUGAGAACGUCUCCAUCCAGUAUGGCACCGGCAGCAUGACCGGAAUCCUGGGCUAUGACACUGUCCAGGUUGGCGGCAUUGUGGACACCAAUCAGAUCUUUGGCCUGAGUGAGACCGAGCCUGGCUCCUUCCUCUACUACUCCCCCUUUGAUGGGAUCCUGGGUCUGGCCUUCCCCAGUAUCGCCUCUUCUGGAGCCACCCCCGUCUUUGACAACAUGAUGAAUGAGGGUUUGGUGUCCCAGGACCUCUUCUCUGUCUACCUGAGCUCGGACGACCAGAGCGGGAGCUUCGUGAUGUUCGGUGGAAUCGACUCAUCUUACUACUCUGGGAACCUCAACUGGAUCCCUCUCUCUGCUGAGACUUACUGGCAAAUCACCAUGGACAGCAUUACUAUGAACGGAGAGACCAUCGCUUGCUCUGGUGGCUGCCAGGCUAUCAUUGACACUGGCACUUCUCUGCUGGCUGGGCCUUCUACUGGCAUCUCCAACAUCGAGUCCUACAUUGGCACCAGCGAUGGCACGAUCAGCUGCAGUGCCAUGAGCAGCCUGCCCAACAUUAUCUUCACCAUCAACGGCAUCGAGUUCCCUCUGCCUGCCAGUGCCUACAUCACUGAUAACUCAGGCUCUUGCUCUCCCGGCUUUGAAGACAUCGACGUCCCCACCUCCUCUGGAGAGCUCUGGAUCCUCGGAGACAUCUUCAUCCGCCAGUACUACGUUGUCUUCGACAGGUCCAACAACCAGGUGGGCCUGGCCCCCAUGGCAUGAACACAGCGCUGUCCCCGGGACACUGUCAUGGAACACUGACCCCGGAGAGUCUCCGUUUCUCUAGAGCCCCAACACUGCGAAUCAAUCUAGUGACCCUUACUCCUGCUGAGACUUUAAUGGACACAAGCUAUUCCUCACCCCAAACUCACCCUCUCGUCUCUAAUCUUACCAACAGUAAAAUAAAGGACUAUAAGAGCA